AUGGAUAAUGAGUCUGAUGUUACGUAUAUAAUUCUUGAUGGGUAUGUGGAGGACCACAAAUACAGAUAUGUUUAUUUUGUGAUCUUGAUUACAGCUUAUGCUCUGAUACUCUGCAGUAAUUCCACUAUUGUGGGUCUGAUCUGGACUCACAGGAGCCUCCAUGAGCCCAUGUACAUCUUCAUUGCAGCUUUGUUAAUCAACUCUGUUCUGUUCAGUUCUACCAUCUACCCAAAGCUUCUGAAGGACAUUUUGUCUGAGACGCAGGUUGUAUUGUUACCAACCUGCCUCUUGCAGUUUUUUAUCAUUUACUUUUUGGCCAGCUCAGAGUUCCUGCUGCUGGCAGCCAUGGCCUAUGACCGAUACGUGUCCAUCUGUCAACCAAUGCUGUAUCCGACCAUCAUGAAGAGAAGCACGGUGAGUGUUUUAUUGGGUUUGACCUGGUUUGUGUCAGCCUGUCACAGCGCUGUACCAGCAAUAAUGAGCGCUGAAACUAAACUGUGCAAUUUCACGAUGAGAGGAAUAUUUUGUAACAAUGCAAUCUAUGAACUUCUAUGUGUACACUCAAGCGUGAUUACUGUUUACGGUGUAGUGGCGUUGGUAGAUCUCGCAGUACUGCCUGUGCUCUUCAUAUUCUUCACGUACACAAAGAUUCUCAUCAUAGCCUUCAACAGCAGCAGAGAAGUCAGGAGAAAAGCUGCCGAGACCUGUUUACCUCACCUGCUGGUUCUGAUCAGCUUCUCCUGUCUGUGUGCUUAUGACAUCAGUGCAGCUCGAAUGGAAUCUAGUUUAUCAAAAACUGUGCGGUUCUUAAUGACAUUACAAACUAUUUUGUACCAUCCUUUGUUUAAUCCUCUCAUAUACGGCCUCAAAAUGAAAGAAAUAUCUAAACACCUGAAAAGGCUGUUCUGUGCAGCCAAACUGAUGUAA